AUGACACAUUUUGGCCUCGCUUCAUCAACUUUCCUCAUUAACACAGAGAAAAUGGAGUUUCCUGGAGAUGGUAAUUCGUCGUCGGAAGUUAGUUCCGGUGGGCUGUCCCGUCAUACGAGCAUCACCAAGAACAACUGCCUUUGUUCACCAACCACUCACCCUGGUUCUUUCCGGUGUAGGAUUCACCGGAGUCUUUCGCUGCAACGUACCAAAAGUAUAGAGGCUGCAGCUCUUCAGGACCCUCCUAAGUCUUCGGAUUCCUCUAGAGCCGCAAAAUAG